AUGAAUGCGGAGCGAGGAGAGGACAGGAGCGGUGGGAGCAGCACGGGACCCGGACUGGCCGACAUGGAGGCGCAGAAGGACGGCAAGGAGCGCGGCCCCGACAGGGUGACGCUCAAGAAGGAGAUCGGACUGCUGAGCGCGUGCACCAUCAUCAUAGGGAACAUCAUCGGCUCGGGCAUCUUCAUUUCCCCGAAGGGGGUCCUGGAGCACUCGGGCUCGGUGGGCCUGGCCCUGGUGGUCUGGCUCCUGGGGGGCUGCAUCGCCGCUCUGGGCUCGCUCUGCUACGCCGAGCUGGGCGUCACCAUCCCCAAGUCCGGGGGAGACUACUCCUACGUGACGGAGAUCUUCGGUGGUCUGAUGGGGUUCCUGCUGCUGUGGAGCGCCGUCCUCAUCAUGUACCCCACCACGCUGGCCGUCAUCGCCCUCACCUUCUCCAGCUACGUGCUGCAGCCCGUCUUCCCCAACUGCGUCCCGCCGUACAUGGCCACCCGCAUGCUGUCGGCCACCUGCCUCCUGCUGCUGACCUGGGUGAACUGCUCCAGCGUUCGGAUGGCCACCAGGAUCCAGGACGUCUUCACAGUGGGGAAACUGAUGGCUUUGGGCCUCAUCAUCGUCGUGGGUCUGGUUCAGAUCUGCAAUGGGAACUACGAGGCCCUGACUCCUCAGGUGGCCUUCUCCCUGGACAGGACGCCAUCUGUGGGACAGAUCGCUCUGGCCUUCCUGCAGGCGUCCUUCGCCUUCAGCGGCUGGAACUUCCUCAACUACGUGACGGAGGAGGUGGUGGAGCCCAGACGGAACCUUCCUCGUGCCAUCUACAUCUCCAUCCCACUGGUGACCUUUGUGUACACGCUCACCAACAUCGCCUACUUCUCGUCCAUGUCGCCCGAGGAGCUGCUGUCCUCCAACGCCGUGGCUGUAACGUUCGGUGAGAAGCUGCUCGGCGUCUUCUCCGUCAUCAUGCCCAUCUCUGUGGCGCUGUCCACCUUCGGAGGAAUCAACGGCUACCUGUUCACCUCGUCCAGGCUGUGUUUCUCCGGAGCCAGGGAGGGUCACCUGCCCAGCCUGCUGGCCAUGAUCCACUACAAGAACUGCACCCCCAUCCCCGCCCUGCUCGUCUGCUGCAUUGCCACCAUCGUGAUACUCUGCAUUGGAGAAACACACAACCUCAUCAACUACGUGUCCUUCAUCAACUACCUGUCGUACGGGGUGACCAUCGCCGGCCUGCUGUACUACCGCUGGAAGAAGCCCAACCUCUUCCGCCCCAUCAAGGUGAACCUCCUGGUCCCCGUGUGCUACCUGAUGUUCUGGGCGCUGCUGCUGGGGUUCAGUCUGUACUCCGAGCCGGUGGUCUGCGGCGUGGGCCUGGUCAUCAUGCUCACCGGCGUACCCGUCUACUUCCUGGGCGUCCACUGGAAGGAAAAGCCCCGGUGUAUCUACAAAUUCAUCGAGAAAGCGACGUUCGUGGGCCAGAGGCUGUGCUUCGUGGUCUUCCCUCAGAUCGACCCCAUCGAGACCACCAGCCCGUCAGAAUGGACUGAGCAGCCCCCCGGCCGGAGAGCCUCCUCUGCCAACUCCUAA